AUCAAAUUCCACGACCCUAAUUUCUGUUGGUAAACCAUGGACAAGUGGCAGAAAGAUAUAAUAUAUCUUUCUCUGAUAUUUAAAUUCUUCCUUCUUGCUUUGCAGAUGAUUUCAAAUGAAAUACUUCCUGACCAUGAUGCCGGCGUUUUUAACUCUCCCUUUCCAGAAAGUUCCGGGAUGUUUGAUUCUCUCAUUGAUAAACUUUUCGGAGGUUUAAGACGCUGGGAUGCCAUUUACUUUCUGCAUAUUGCCAACCAUGGCUACACUUACGAAAACUGUUUAGCAUUUUUCCCACUUUUCCCUCUCACAGUUUAUAUAUUUUCAUCCUGCAUCUAUUUCCCUUUCUAUUUUAUCUUCAGUUUUUCAAGACUCCUUCUAUUAACUUCUGUUUCUCUCAACAUGCUAUUUUCUGUUCUUUCAUCUCUUGCAUUAUACAACUUAGGAAAAGAAGCAACAGGGAGCCAACCGUUGGCUUUCAAAGCAGCAUUAUUAUACAUCCUUUCUCCAGCUUCAGUCUUUUUCAUGGCUCCAUAUUCUGAAAGCCUAUUCAGUUUCCUUUCUUUCACCGGAAUGCUUUUACACCUGAAACGAAGACCGAUAUAUGCUGCUUUAUUAUUUGGUUUUAGUGCCUUAACACGUUCAAAUGGUAUAGUAGCUCUUGGAUUUAUCUUCCAUUGGUUUUCACAAAAAUGUUUAAAUAUUAUCUUUUCAUCCCAAAAGAUGCUGUUUAUGAUGAAAGAGCAUCUAAAAAACUUUAUAUUUACAAUCAUCCAAAUCAUAAUUCUUGUGACUCCAUUUUUCUUAUACCAGUUAUAUACUUUUCUUCUCUAUUGUAAACCAAAUGACCCAAAGGACCACUUAAUAAAAACUCCUUUUGACAUUCAUGUAACUAAAUAUGGACAUAAAAUGGGCUUUAAAUUUCCAGAUAAUUCUACCAGUGUUUCAGAAUGGUGUCAUUACAAUCUUCCCAUUUCAUAUUCAUUUAUUCAAAACCAUUAUUGGAAUACAGGUUUCCUUAGUUAUUUUCACUGGAAACAAAUCCCUAACUUUCUACUGGCUUCACCAAUGAUUUGUCUUUGUUUAGCUUCUUGCUAUACAUAUUUUAAAUUACAGAGAAGUCACUGCUUAUUCUUAGGACUGACAAUUCCCAGAAGAAGUCAAAUAUCAUCAAAUCCAAAAGCCAUGAAAUAUGGUUUCUCUAAUAUGCAAAUUUUCGUAUUUGGUGCACAAAUGCUAUUUUUUACAAUAUUUGGAUUUUUUUGUAUUCAUGUACAGGUACUUACAAGACUUAUCGCUUCCAGUUGUCCUUUUGUCUACUGGUUUUCGGCAUAUGUUAUUAGUACAAACACACAAGACGUCUCAGCAGAUGAAGAAAGUGUCACCUUGAAGAAAAAUAGAUUUUGCAGAAUUAUGCAAGAAAUUCUAACAAAUAAAUCCAAUAAUAUUUCAAGACUCAUAAUCUUUUACUAUCUUUCAUAUUGCUUCAUUGGAACUAUAGCUUUCUCAAAUUUUUUACCUUGGACAUAAGAUUUUCUACUAAAUAUUAUAAUGAUAUGAGUUAAAUAUUUACAUGUAUAACUAUAGUACAAAGUAAGAUAGGGGUUAUGGGUGUAACCCACUAUGGGAUAUCAUUUAUCCAAUAUACUGUUGGUA